AUGCCCCUAGUAGCUGCAUGCUACCUCUCUGGACCCUCCAAACCUACCUCUCUGGACCCCCAAACCUACCUCUCUGGACCUUCAAACCAACCUCUCUGGACCCCCAAACCUACCUCUCUGGACCUUCAAACCUACCUCUCUGGACCCCCAAACCUACCUCUCUGGACCUCCAAACCAACCUCUCUGGACCCCCAAACCUACCUCUCUGGACCUUCAAACCUACCUCUCUGGACCCACCAAACCUACCUCUCUGGACCCUUUAAACCUACCUCUCUGGACCCCAAACCUACCUCUCUGGACCUCCAAACCUACCUCUCUGGACCUCCAAACCUACCUCUCUGGACCCCAAACCUACCUCUCUGGACCUCCAAACCUACCUCUCUGGACCAACAAACCUACCUCUCUGGAUCUCCAGACCUACCUCUCUGGACCUCCAAACCUACCUCUCUGGACCCCCAACCCUACCUCUCUGGACCAACAAACCUACCUCUCUGGACCUCCAAACCUACCUCUCUGGACCCCCGAACCUACCUCUCUGGACCCUCCAAACCUACCUCUCUGGACCAACAAACCUACCUCUCUGGACCUCCAAACCUACCUCUCUGGACCCCCGAACCUACCUCUCUGGACCCUCCAAACCUACCUCUCUGGACCUCCAAACCAACCUCUCUGGACCCCAAAACCUGCCUCUUUGACCUUCCAACCUACCUCUCUGGACCUCCAAACCUACCUCUCUGGACCUCCAAACCUACCUCUCUGGACCUCCAAACCAACCUCUCUGUACCCCAAAAUCUGCCUCUCUGGACCCCCAAAAUCUGCCUCUCUGUACCCCAAAAUCUGCCUCUCUGUACCCCAAAAUCUACCUCUUUGGUACCCCAAAAUCUGCCUCUCUGUACCCCAAAAUCUACCUCUAUGUACCCCAAAAUCUAUCUCUCUGUACCCCAAAAUCUGCCUCUCUGUACCCCAAAAUCUGCCUUCUGUACCCCAAAAUCUGCCUCUCUGUACCCCAAAAUCUACCUCUCUGUACCCCAAAAUCUACCUCUCUGUACCCCAAAAUCUGCCUCUCUGUACCCCAAAAUCUACCUCUCUGUACCCCAAAAUCUGCCUCUCUGUACCCCAAAAUCUACCUCUCUGGACCUCCAAAAUCUGCCUCUCUGUACCCCAAAAUCUACCUCUCUGGACCUCCAAAAUCUGCCUCUCUGUACCCCAAAAUCUACCUCUCUGUACCCCAAAAUCUGCCUCUCUGUACCCCAAAAUCUACCUCUCUGUACCCCAAAAUCUACCUCUCUGUACCCCAAAAUCUGCCUCUCUGUACCCCAAAAUCUACCUUUCAUCAAACCCAAACCUACUUCUCUGGACCUCCAAACCUACCUCUCUGGACCCCAAAAUCUAUCUCUCUGGACCUCCAAACCAACCUCUCUGGACCCCCAAACCAACCUCUCAGGACCUUCCAACCUACCUCUCUGGACCUCCAAACCUACCUCUCUGGACCUCCAAACCUACCUCUCUGGACCUCCAAACCAACCUCUCUGUACCCCAAAAUCUGCCUCUCUGGACCCCCAAAAUCUGCCUCUCUGUACCCCAAAAUCUGCCUCUCUGUACCCCAAAAUCUACCUCUUUGGUACCCCAAAAUCUGCCUCUCUGUACCCCAAAAUCUACCUCUAUGUACCCCAAAAUCUAUCUCUCUGUACCCCAAAAUCUGCCUCUCUGUACCCCAAAAUCUGCCUUCUGUACCCCAAAAUCUGCCUCUCUGUACCCCAAAAUCUACCUCUCUGUACCCCAAAAUCUACCUCUCUGUACCCCAAAAUCUGCCUCUCUGUACCCCAAAAUCUACCUCUCUGUACCCCAAAAUCUGCCUCUCUGUACCCCAAAAUCUACCUCUCUGGACCUCCAAAAUCUGCCUCUCUGUACCCCAAAAUCUACCUCUCUGGACCUCCAAAAUCUGCCUCUCUGUACCCCAAAAUCUACCUCUCUGUACCCCAAAAUCUGCCUCUCUGUACCCCAAAAUCUGCCUCUCUGUACCCCAAAAUCUACCUCUCUGUACCCCAAAAUCUGCCUCUCUGUACCCCAAAAUCAGCCUCUCCAGACCCGCAAAUCUACCUUUCUUCAAACCCAAAUCUGCCUCUCUGUUACUGCAACAGGUUCACAUUUUGGAAUACUGUAUGCCAAUUUAAAUUCUAUUCAUUGGAAAAUUCAGAAAAAUUCAACCCAGCAAAGUAA